AUUCACUCUCCGGUCUUCCCCUGCCCUCGCUCGCCACCUCGCUUCCGCCUUCCCCAGCCGCCAACCCGUCCCCCAUUCGCAGAAAAAAUCCCAUCGCACACCUCUAGCGCCGGCCUCACCUCCAUCCUCGACAGUGGCAAUGGCAAAGCCUCGACCGCUACCACUUCUUUGAUUUAACACCUAGCACACGCUCGUCAUCUCCAGUCCGCCGCGAGCCCUGGCAGCAUCCGUCCAAGAACCUGUUAUCCGCGAGUGAACCACUUAGCCAAGAACCGGAACAUAAACAGUGCCAGCACGCGCCGCUCCUCGGUGUGAUGUGAUGGAAGACGCGAAAUGUUCCUGCACCAGAACGACUACUACCAGCAGAACCACGAGUCGUCCUCCGACGGGUGCCUGUCGCCGCGGGGCUCGCCGGGCUGCCACCCCCUGAGCCUGUCCAGCCCCAUGUCCAUCUCCUCGGACCCGGGCAUGUCGUCGCAGCCCUACACCCCCAACUACUACAAGCAGGAGAGCUGGGGCCACUACGGGGAGAACAACAACGUGUACGGGUACAAGUCGGACGGGGGCGGCUACGGCAGCCAGGAGUUCUACCGGGCCCCGUGCAAGUACAAGAAGGACGCCAAGAAGGGGGCGGCGGCGCAGGCCGGCAUGGAAGUGAUGAAGAAGCGGCGGCUGGCGGCGAACGCGCGGGAGCGCAGGAGGAUGAACAGCUUGAACGACGCCUUCGACAGGCUGAGGGACGUGGUGCCGUCGCUGGGGAACGACAGGAAGCUGUCCAAGUUCGAGACGCUGCAGAUGGCACAGACGUACAUCGCCGCUCUGCACGAGCUGCUGCAGAGGGACUGAUUGUGAUAUGGUCUGUUCUAUUUAUUUAUUUAUUCUAGAGUUAGAUCAAGAUGAUGGUCUUGAAGGCGGGCUGGGUUUGCCUAGAUCGUGCAAUAUUAGAUAUUAAGAAUAUCCAGACGUGCAAUAUCUGUGUCGAUAUUUUUAAUUGUAGGUUAGUGUAAUCGGUGCGCUUCUCUAUGACUUUGUGAUAUCGGAAUACAGUGCAAUAAUAAUCGGUACAGUGCGGUUGGAGGGAUCAGUGCAAUUAUUUACUUUACUUACUUAAGCACACAGUAUUAACGCUAACAAGUUUUUAGAAUAUGUGCAAGUUUAAGCUGGUUGUUAUUUUUUUACAUAUUUAUUGACUUGUUCCUUCUUGUUCUCUGUUUUUAUUUUGAUGUAAUUAUGUACGAUAUUGUAAAUGAGCGUUUUUAUGUUCCUUUUGUAAUAUAUUUUUACCAAAUGUAUCUCAGUUAGUG